AUGGCGGCCGCCAGUCCGAGCGAUCCUGCACCUUCCGAUCCCCGAAAUGUAGUGAUUAAGACGGAACCGGGCACCGAGGACGGGCUGCCUUGCGGGGAGGACGGCGUCCCGGGUAAGCGGGACCCGGUGGUGCCCCUCCUGUCGGAGGUGAGCGGGCUGCAGCCCCUCGCGUGGUCGCAGGACCACCGCCUGUCCGUCUGCACCUCCAACUCGCUGGCCGUGAUGGAGCUGGUGUGCGACUUGCAGAGCAGCAAGCAGGACCUGACGCUGCACAGGACCUCCAUCCCCGUCCCCACGGAGACAAGCAGCCUGCGGGUGGGGUCAACAGCGGACCAGGCUGAAGCGACGGAUAAGUUCACGAACCAUCCCGAUCCCACAGUGAGGCAGAUCUUCUUGUCCGACAGAGUGAUGAACCCUUCGGUCGGCGUGCGCAAAGGAAUAAAGUACGCCAGCUGGUCUCCGUUGGGCUGCGACACAUCCGGACGCUGCCUGCUCGCGUGCCUCACGCUCGAACACAGACUCUCCAUUCACGUCAGCCACAAGCGGCUGGAGUGGCGCGCGCUGCUCGACCUCACCGAGAAGUACGGCGAGCGGCUGAGGGAGCGAGGCUACGCCAGGAAGGACAACAAGCCCCCCGAAGCAACCUUGUUGGACUUGGAGGAGCUGCGGCGGCGCUUCCGCAUGCAGACGCCUCUGAAAAUGGAAUGGUCGAGUAUUUACACCAUCAAGCAGGUGCAGCCGGACAACCUGUGCGUGGAGGUGGAGAUGGUCCUCCUCGCCAUCCUGAUGGAGAACGGAGACCUGGUUUUGUGGAAGUUCGACCUGCCGUUCACGGACGGGCGGGACGUGACUUUCUACGACCUCAUCGAGUCGGGCGUGAGCAGACCCAGCGACCUGGCGUGGUGGGAGUACGGCACCGCGGAUCGCCGGAUGAGCGGCCUGAUCGUGGGAAGCGAGGAGGGACCCAUCAAGAUCAUGCCGGUGAGCCUAACGGGCGUGAAGGGCUACUUCACCCUCCGGCACCCGGUGGUCCUCUGGAAGGAGAGCGACGACAUCGCCGUGGAAAACCUGAAAUGCAUCCCGAUGAUCCACCCCAUCCACAAGUCCAGCUGCAGCCUGAUCGUGGCGUCGCGCGGCUGCUACGUCUUCUGGUGCCUGCUCAGGAUUUCGCCGGCCGGGUUGAACGUGCACAACUCUCACAUAGCGGGGCUGCACUCGCUCCCCGUCGUCUCUCUGGCGGUCGGUCAGCACGGCGUGUCGGUGUUCACCUGCUCCCUCGACGGGCUGAUGAAGAAGCUGACGCCCACUUUUACGGAGAACAAUUUGAUCUUCAAGCAGGAGGACAUGGAGCGUCCGGAGCACCUCAGCGGGAGGAGGAUACAGGGCAUCGCCGUGAGCCACAACGGCGCCUACAUGGCACUAGUCAGCACUCAGGGGUUGGUCAAUAACUUUCACCCGGCUAACAGGACUUACCAGGUCGACUUUUUGACUCUGAAAACGCCCGAGACGGCGGCGGCGCUGCUGCUCAAGUCCCCCACGCAGAACCUGUACAAAAUGGCGGACCUGCUGGACCUCGUGCGGUGGCAGAUUUUAAAAGACAAGCGCAUCCCGGCGCCGCUGCAGCAGGAGCUGGAUCAGAGGAUCCGAGAACAGGACUCGCCCUAUUUGUGGCGGUUCAAGCUCUUCCUGGUGCGGGUGCUCCUCCGCUCGCUGCAGCUGCCCGUUCCGGAGCACAGCUGGAGGCCCACGCACGAACAGACCAAAGUGUUUGUCAGGGACAAGGAAGGACAGGAGGCGGGCAACGGACAGGAGGAAGAUCCCAGCAGAGCGGAGGGCGAAGCCGGCGUCCCGAAGCAGGAGAAGGAGGACAGUCGGGACGAGCGGCGGGCGGAGGUGCAGGCCUUGAUCGACGACGUGGAGACCCACCUGAUGCGGCAGAACAUGAAGAAGGUGCUGGGCGUCAUGUACCUCAACACCUGGUUCGCGCAGAACAUCAGCAUUCCCAUCUGCGGGCUGGUGGACUAUCUGUCCAGAGACGCAGACGACAGAGCGUCGGAGGUCCUGAUCGGCCACAUCAAGAACAAGCUGAACAAGCAGACGUACUCGGAGCGCUGCAGCCUGUGCCAGUCCGUGCUGCCCUUCACCGACCACAAGCAGACCACCUGUCACAAGGGCCACAUGUGGCUCAGGUGUGUGUUGUCAUACCAGGCCUGCCAGUCGCUGACGUUCAGACGCUGCCUCCUGCUGGAUAGCAUCGCCAGACUGCCAGAGCCCGAGGAUCCGGAGUGGAUAAGGAAGAUCCUGCAGGCUCCCUGCACGCUCUGCGACUCGCCCAUGAUCUAGAGCCGAGCGGCGACGGGCGGAAACCCGAAGGCUCCUCCACGACCUCUCCCAGCUCCCCAGCUCUCACGCAGGGUCCAAUUUAGUCAGACAUCACGGCUCCACUUCCUCCUGUUUCAUGUGUUUUGUUUGACUUUUUUACGACUUUAUAUUGGUAUCUUAAAAGUGCAAAU